AGAGCGGAAUGAAGGAAAUGAGCUGAGGGAAAAGUUCGCCUUUCCUGCAAAAUUUUCCUAACAAAAAGCAACAAACUUCACGUCGAGGAGCCUCAAACUUUUUUUAGACAAGCUACAGCUGCAGAAAGUUUGAGGGAGGCUCCCUCGUUAGGACAUUCUUCGGGGGAUUGCAGAAGGGGUUUAUUAAGAUUAGGCUCUUUAUGCGUUUUCACGUGAAAGAGCCUUUAUAAGGCGUCGUGUCGCUGCGGACGGCGGUGGGUGCGCGACACAACGCGAACACGACUUGUCUUUUUCUGUGUGUGUCUGUGCAAAGUUGUACUUGUGCAUUUCGACAUGGGAGCGUACACAUUACCGGAGGGAUUCACGGAGUUUGACAUGUUCACGUUCGGCACAGCGCUUCUCGUUGGGGGCCUGCUGGGAUUCUUCCUCAACGCCAUCAGCAUCGUGUCUUUCCUCACAGUGAAGGAGAUGCGGAAUCCCAGUAACUUCUUUGUGUUCAAUCUGGCCGUGGCCGACCUCAGUUUGAAUAUUAAUGGCCUCACAGCAGCGUAUGCCAGCUACAUCAGAUAUUGGCCCUUUGGUCAAGAUGGAUGUGCCUAUCAUGGUUUCCAAGGGAUGAUAGCAGUCCUGGCGUCCAUCAGUUUCAUGGCUGCCAUCGCUUGGGACAGAUACCACCAGUACUGCACCAGGCAGAAGCUCUUCUGGAGCACGACUCUGACGAUGAGCGGCAUUAUCUGGAUUCUUUCCAUCUUCUGGGCAGCUGUUCCUCUCAUGGGGUGGGGCGUCUAUGACUUUGAGCCUAUGAGGACUUGCUGCACGCUGGACUACACCAGAGGGGACAGGGACUACAUAACCUACAUGCUCACUCUGGUGGUGCUCUACCUGAUGUUUCCAGCUGUCACCAUGUUGUCGUGUUACGAUUCCAUCCACAAACACUUCAAGAAGAUCCAUCACCACAGGUUUAACACCAGUUUGCCCCUGAGGGUGAUGCUGAUGUGCUGGGGCCCCUACGUCCUCAUGUGUAUCUACGCCUGCUUCGAGAACGUGAAGGUCGUAUCUCCAAAGCUGAGAAUGGUGCUCCCAGUUUUGGCAAAGACGAAUCCCAUCUUCAACGCUCUUCUCUACUCUUUUGGAAAUGAGUUCUACCGAGGCGGCGUGUGGCACUUCCUCACCGGACAGAAGAUCGUUGAUCCCGUUAUUAAGAAGUCAAAAUGAACGGAAGCUCAACUGGCAAAAAAAAAUCCAAAACCAUCGUUUGCUCUUGUGAUUCUUGUGAGGUUCCUCAUUCCUAACCCUUCAUUGUUGAGGUUGUUCAAAACAUUGUUUGGCCCUUUAAUCUGUACAGUUGUCACUUUUUCACAUUUGGACAGUAGCUUAAACUCAGGACAGCCUCUACAUCUCUGGGUGUGUGUAAACCUACAAAAUGUGUUGCAGGAAAUCUAAACAUUUCCAAAUUAUUGCAUUCUUUCCACAGCAAUCUGUAUCUAACCUGCGCUGCUCCUCCGUCCGUGUGAGGCCACUUACAAUAAACACGUUGGGUUGCUGCUGUUCUGCUGUAUCCUCCAUCUACUUUAAGGUGCUUUUCAACCUGAGUUACUGUGCUGCUGUGAGUCAGAAGCCUGACUUCGCCUGCUGACCAGCAUCCAGAGAUGCCCUCUCACGACAUGGCGUCUCAAGCCGUUACUAAGCAGAUUAAUCAGCUGUGUUUUUGUUAGGAGGACGUGAUGUUAUGUAACUUCUAUACAUAUAUAUAGCAAGGAAGCAUUCACUGUGUUAAGACUGUAUUAUGCAAUUAUACUUCUGUCAACACCUGAGGUGAACUUAUUCACUUUUCUAAGUAGCGUGCUAUUUAAAUGCACAAAUAGAUAAAUAAAGAGGUAGAUUUUCUUAGGUCAACCAAUCUUAGGAAUGUAGGUUAAAGGACAGAUACGAAAUGUUUUAACUGGUCACUGACUAGUCAUGGCAGCC